GCUCGGCCCUCGGCCCUUCUCCGGUGCUGCUCAGUGAUGGCCUUCGGAGCAGCGCUCUUCCUGGGCGCUCUGGCUUCUUGUCAUGGAUUCAACUUGGAUGUGGCAGAGCCCAUGGUCUUCCAAGGGGACGGAGCUGGCUUUGGGCAGAACGUGGCCCAGUUCGGCAGAUCUCGAGUCGUGGUGGGAGCCCCCCUGGAGGUGGCGGUGGCCAACCACACAGGACGGCUGUACAGCUGCGAGGCGGCCACUGGCCUGUGCCAGCCCAUCGCACUGCGCAUCCCCCCAGAGGCCGUGAACAUGUCCCUGGGCCUGUCCCUAGCGGUCUCCAUCAACCGCUCCUGGCUGUUGGCCUGCGGCCCCACCAUGCACAGAAUCUGUGGGGAGAACAUGUAUGUAGAAGGUUCCUGCCUCCUGUUGGGCUCCCAGCUGCAGAUCAUUCGGAGAGUCCCCGCUGCCCAGCCAGAGUGUCCAAAUCAAGAGAUGGACAUAGUCUUCCUGAUCGAUGGCUCUGGCAGCAUUGAUCAAAGUGACUUCCAGCAGAUGAAGGACUUUGUCAGAGCUGUGAUGGGCCACUUUGAGGGCACCAACACCCUGUUCUCCCUGAUGCAGUACUCGAACCUCCUGGAGACCCACUUCACCUUCUCCAAAUUCCAGACCAGCCAGAGCCCGCAGAGGCUGGUGGACCCCAUCGUCCAGCUGAGAGGACAGACUUUUACAGCCACGGGUAUCCUGACAGUGGUGAAAGAACUAUUUCAUAGUAAGAAUGGGGCCCGCAAAAGUGCCAAGAAGAUCCUCAUUGUUAUCACAGACGGACAGAAAUACAGAGACCCCCUGGAGUACAGAGACGUGAUCCCCGAGGCUGAGAGAGCCGGCAUCAUUCGCUAUGCCAUUGGGGUGGGAGACGCUUUCCAGGAACGCACUGCCAGGCGGGAGCUGGACACCAUCGGCUCGGUGCCCUCCAAGGACCACGUGUUCAAGGUGGACAACUUUGCAGCGCUCGGCAGCAUCCAGAAGCAGCUGCAGGAGAAUAUCUUUGCAGUUGAGGGAACCCAGUCGAAGACAAGUAGCUCUUUCCAGCAUGAGAUGUCACAAGAAGGCUUCAGUUCAGUACUCGCAGAGGAUGGACCAGUUUUGGGGGCCGUGGGGAGCUUCAGCUGGUCUGGGGGUGCCUUCAUAUAUCCCCCAAAUAUGAACCCCACCUUCAUCAACAUGUCUCAGGAGAAUGUGGACAUGAGGGACUCCUACCUGGGUUACUCCACCGAGCUGGCCCUUUGGAAGGGGGUGCAGAGCCUGGUCCUGGGGGCCCCCCGCCAUGAGCACACCGGGAAGGUUGUCAUCUUCACGCAGGCGUCUGGGCAAUGGAGGCCGAAGGCUCAAGUCCUAGGGACCCAGAUCGGCUCCUACUUCGGGGCCUCCCUCUGCUCGGUGGACGUGGACAGAGACGGCAGCUCCGACCUGGUCCUCAUCGGGGCUCCCCAUUACUACGAGCUGACCCGGGGGGGCCGGGUGUCUGUGUGCCCCUUGCCCCGGGGGAGGUCUAGGUGGCAGUGUGAGGCCAUUCUCCGUGGGGAGCAAGGCCACCCCUGGGGGCGCUUUGGGACAGCCCUGACCGUGCUGGGGGACGUGAAUGGGGACAAGCUGACGGACGUGGCCAUCGGGGCCCCUGGAGAACAGGAGAACCAGGGUGCUGUCUACCUGUUUCAUGGAACCUCAGGGCGGGGCAUCAGCCCCUCCCACAGCCAGCGGAUUUCCGGCUCCCAGUUCCCUCCUGGGCUCCAGUAUUUCGGGCAGUCGCUGAGCGGCGGUCAGGACCUCACCCAGGAUGGACUGGCAGACCUGGCUGUGGGGUCCCAGGGUCACGUGCUGCUGUUCAGGAGCCUGCCAGUGCUGACCGUGAGGGUGGCCAUCAGGUUCAGCCCCUCUGAGGUAGGGAUGGCUAUGUCCCAGUGCCUGGAAGAGGGGCCCACCCCCCUGGAAGCUGGGAAGGCUACAGUCUGUCUCACUAUCCACAAAAGCUCACUUGAUCAGCUAGGUGAUGUCCGAAGCUCUGUCAGGUACGACCUGGCAUUGGACCCAGGCCGUCUGAUUUCUCGUGCCAUUUUUGAAGAGACCAAGAACUGGACUUUGACUAGAAGAAAAAUUCUGGGGCUGGGAGAUCACUGUGAAACCAUAAAGUUUUUUUUACCAGACUGUGUGGAGGAUGUGGUGAGCCCCAUCAUCCUGCGCCUCAACUUCUCCCUGGUGGGGGAGCCCAUCCCCUCAUCCCGGAACCUUCGCCCUGUGCUGGCUGUGGGCUCUCAGGACCUCUUCACUGCUUCUCUCCCCUUUAAGAAGAACUGUGGGCAAGAUCACCUCUGUGAAGGGGACUUGAAUGUCAACUUCAACUUCUCAGGCCUGCAGACCCUGGUGGUGGGAAGCUCUCUGGAGCUCAAUGUGACGGUGACUGUGUGGAAUGAGGGCGAGGAUUCCUAUGGAACUGUGAUCAACUUCUACUACCCAGCAGGACUGUCCUAUCGACGAGCCUUAGGAACUCGGCAACCCCGUCAGCGCCCACUGCACCUAGCAUGCGAGGCAGUGCCCACCGGGAGUGAGGACCUGAGGAGCAGCAGCUGCAGCAUCAACCACUCCGUCUUCCGCGAGGGCGGUAAGGGCACCUUCAUAGUCACAUUUGAUGUUUUCUACAAGGCCUCUCUGGGAGACAAGUUGCUUUUGAGGGCCAACGUGAGCAGUGAGAAUAAUAAGCCUGCAACCAACAAGACUACGUUCCAGUUGGAGCUGCCAGUGAAAUAUGCCGUCUACACAGUGAUUAGCAGGAAGGAAGACUCCACCAAGUACUUCAACUUUUCACCUUCUGCGAAGAGCAGUAAAGAAGCCGAGCAUCGAUAUCGUGUGAAUAACCUGAGCCAGCGAGAUUUGGCCAUCAGCGUUCAUUUCUGGGUUCCGGCCCUGCUGAACGGUGUGGCUGUAUGGGACGUGGCUGUGGAGGGCCCUUCACAGAGUCUCUCAUGUGUGUCGGAGAUGGAGCCUCCGCAGCUUUCUGACUUCCAGACUCAGAUUCCAGGGAGUCUCGUGCUGAACUGCUCCAUUGCUGACUGCCAGAGGUUCCGCUGUGACAUCCCCUCCUUUGGCAUCCAGGAGGAACUUGACUUCAUCCUGAAGGGCAACCUCAGCUUCCGCUGGGUCAGCCAGACACUGCAGAAGAAGGUGCUGGUCGUGACUGUGGCUGAAAUCACGUUCAACAGAUCUGUGUAUUCCCAGCUUCCGGGACAGGAGGCGUUUUUGAGAGCUCAGAUGGAGAUGGUGGUGGAAGAGUACGAGGUCUACGAUCCUGUCCCCCUCAUUGCGGGCAGCUCUGUGGGCGGGCUGUUGCUGCUGGCGCUCAUCACAGCCGUCCUGUACAAGCUUGGUUUCUUCAAACGUCAGUACAAGGAAAUGCUGGGUGACAAGCCCGAAGACACUGCCACAUUCACUGGGGAGGCCCCAGAUUUGCCUUUGUCCUAAUAAUCUACUUCUCUGUUCAUCUUA